AAAGCUCUUAACGUGGUCGUAAAGGCUAAACAUUUACCAGUAGUUGUUGCUGUGGCGUCAUCAAGCCCUCGUUGGUGAAGUAAAAUCAAGAUGUUCAAUUCAAAUGACAGAGAAUACGACAAUUCAAGCCUAAAUGUAUCCUUACACUCAUCAGGAGGAAGUCUAUCACCAUAUUUAAACAUUGAUCCAUCAUACCUCAAUCAAGAUGGAGGAGCAGAAUUUGUGUUUGCAACAGAUUCUCAAAAGAAGAGAGGUUGGGGAGAAAGAAUGUUUUCAAGUAUAGGAACUUCAUAUAUGACUGGACUGACUGUCGGAGGUACCUGGGGAUUAUAUGAAGGGCUGCGUAAUCCUGAUGGAAGAACUAUGAAGCUGCGAUUAAACAGUGUGUUAAAUGGGAUGACUAGAAGAGGGCCGUUUGUUGCAAACAGCUUGGGUGUCCUUGCUUUGAUGUACUGUAGUAUAAACACUGCAAUCGAAAAGGCCAGAGGAACAGAAGACAUGUACAAUUCUGUGGCAGCUGCUGUUACAACUGGAGCUCUGUUCCGAUCAACAGGUGGAGUACGUGCAAUUGGAUUCGCCAGUGCAAUUGGUGGAAGCAUAGCUGUUUUAUACAUUGUUGGCGAUAAACUGUGGAAUAGCCGUGGACAGACACUGUCCUCAACUCCCAACUGGGCGUGAUAAUUGUAUUGUAAAGUUUUGUUGAUUAAUAAAAUUUUGGAUGUGUUUAUUUGAGUAUGAUUGGACCUAUUGACAAGCCGAGUAUGAAACAUGAGUUUGUAGUUUGUGUAGGAUGUUGUUCACUUCACAGCUAAAGUUUUGUUAAGCACCGUGUCAUAAUCUCAAAGGGUUUUAGGCUACAUAUAGACAUAAAUAUAUUUCUGUUCUGCUUUGUAAUUUCGCUCAGUUCCAAAAGUAUAAUGUGUAACUGAACAAUUGAAAUAUUAGUUUACUCUCAAGCUAG